AUGGCUACUUUGAAAGGCCCCGGUGCUCCCCAAAAGCAUGACGGCUCCGGUCUGCGAAUUGCGAUCGUUCACGCUCGUUGGAACGCCACCCUCAUCGAUGCUUUGGUCAGCGGCGCAAAGAAAACUCUGUUGGCUUCGGGGGUGAAGGAAGAGAACAUUGUGGUCGAGUCGGUCCCCGGUUCAUACGAGCUUCCUCUGGCAGUGCAGCGCGUCUAUGCUGCAUCUCAAAUCCAAAGCACAGCCAGCACUGUGUCCGGCGGAAUGGGCAGUUUGGCUAGUGGCAUCGGCGAUCUGCUGGGCGGAAGCAACUCGACAACCGACUUGCAAGGGAGUCUACAGCCUGGUCCUCCGGAGCCUGAAAAGAUCGAGACCAAAGGACUGAGACAUACCUUCGACGCGAUCAUAGCCAUAGGAGUCCUGAUUAAAGGAGAGACCAUGCAUUUUGAGUACAUUGCAGAUGCUGUCACCCAUGGCCUGAUGAGGGUACAGCUGGACAGCGGAGUUCCCGUCAUCUUUGGUCUUUUGACAGUCCUGGACCAGGCGCAAGGCCUGGCGAGAGCAGGUCUGGAAGGAGGUAGCGGCAAGGAAGCUAAUGGACACAACCAUGGAGAAGACUGGGGAAAUGCCGCCGUCGAGCUUGGGGUGAAGCGGAAGGGCUGGGGCCAGGGCAAGAUCGCGGGAUCGUGA